AUGAGCAUCUGGGAGGUGAUCCUGGCUUUCGUGGUGGUGGUGCUGAUGCUCGUGGCCCUGCUGGCCAACGUGCUGGUGCUGAUGUGCUUCCUGUACAGCGCUGACAUCCGCAAGCAGGUCCCGGGAUUGUUCAUCCUCAACCUCACCUUCUGCAACCUGUUGAUGACUGUUCUCAAUAUGCCCCUGACCUUGGCUGGGAUCAUUUACAAGAGUCAACCAGCAGGAGAUCAGAUCUGCCACGUUGUGGGCUUCCUGGAGACUUUUCUCACCACGAACUCCAUGCUGAGCAUGGCAGCUUUGAGCAUUGACAGGUGGAUCGCUGUCGUCUUCCCCCUCAGUUACCACUCCAAAAUGAGGUACAGAGAUGCUGCUCUCAUACUGAGCUACACGUGGUUGCACUCCGUGUCCUUCCCCAUAGUGGCAGCAUCUCUCUCCUGGGUGGGUUUCCAUCACCUCUAUGCCUCCUGCACCCUGUACAACAAGAGACCAGAGGAUAGGACACAGUUUGUGAUUUUCACUGUGGUCUUUCAUACCCUCAGCUUCCUCCUCUCCCUUGUAGUCUUGUGUUUCACAUAUCUCAAAGUGCUGAAGGUGGCACGGUUUCACUGUAAGCGGAUUGAUGUGAUCACUAUGCAGACCCUGGUGCUGCUUGUGGACAUCCACCCCAGCGUACGAGAGCGUUGUCUAGAGGAGCAGCGGAGACGCAGGCAGCGAGCAACCAAGAAGAUCAGUACCUUCAUUGGGACUUUCAUUCUGUGCUUUGCACCUUAUGUAAUUACAAGGCUUGUUGAAUUAUCCUCUGUGGUGCACAUCAGCUCCCACUGGGGAAUCAUGUCCAAGUGCUUAGCUUACAGCAAAGUGGUUUCAGACCCUUUUGUGUACUCUUUGCUGCGGCACCAGUACAAGAAGACAUGGAAAGACCUCAUAAACAAGAUCCUCAAAAGAAGCUCCAUCAACUCUUCUGCCCUCGCAGGCGAGCCGCACAGUCGGAAUAUUUUGCAGCUGAAUGAGUGA